AGUUUGUUUCAACUGCUCGUACGAGUCGGACGUGUUUACGCACCGCUCGCGCGCUCCUUCGCACGCAACGUCAGUCACACGUAUAUACACGCGCACACACGUACGUUUGCGCACGUAGACCCGAUUCCGCGACUGGUUCGUGACGAUAAACUUCGGAAUCGCUUCUUCGAGCGCAGCCGCUCUCGAACGCGGUGGACACAUUUUGAGAAAAGCUCCCGCAAGUCGCAAGCGUGUGUUCGUUCAAGCCCGAUCGCGCCACGUGCUCGCGCGUUGCACUUCGACCCCAUUUUUCUCCAAGGUGAUAACAGUGCGCGCCGCCACGCAACGCACACUACCGCGGUUCGAAACGCGCGCCUAACCGCGCCGGCCGGACCCACGUGGUACACCGCCGCCGUUAUCGACCACCGGUGCGGCCGCCGCGCCGAUUGGCUCGGCCGUGGACACGUGACCGCGCGCAACGUCAGUUCGGACUACCGUCUGCUCCGCUGCUGGCGGUGUCAGGCAGCUACACUUGUCAACGUACGUUCGACGGGGAGGACAAAGGCCCUCUCCGCGAAGAGAGAGAGAGAGGAGAGUCCAAAGAGAGGACGGCCCAUCGGCUCUCCGCGCGCGGCCACGAGUCGAUCGUCUCCGUCGUAUCGUCGAGUUCGUCGGGAUCGUCGUCGCUCUCUCGAUCCUGGUACGUGUUAGACGCGGCCGACCGGGAUUCGCGCAACAACGUCACGGUGACCGAGGAGUGCGUUCGUGCGUACGCACGAGAGACAGGCGCUCUUGACAGCUAGCUCGCCGUCGCCGUGAGUCGACCUCGGCUGGAGUUUCGUCGUGUCGUCGUGCUCUCAAGGGAAAUCUGACGGAGAGAUUCCGUCUGACGAUUCCGUCGCGACUUCAGUUCAGACAGUUCCGUCGCGAGCGAUAACAAUUUCAAUCCGCACUUCGCGGCUCCUCGCAUUCUCUCUAUUUCUCUCUCUCUCUCUCUCGCACGCGGGAGACCUUCGGACUGAAGACAGCCGCGAGCACGCUCCUCUCUCGUCGCGCGCCACCAAUUUCGAACGACGCUCCGACGACGGUGAUCGUGCGUCUCGUUUCCCUGCCCCCCCCCUUCCCCCUGCCCUCCCGUUGUCGAUCGGAGUUCCGCGGCCUGUGGUGCGCGGGCUUAGGACAUGUACAGCAUGAACUAUAUCGCCAAGAUCAUCAGCAACUUCCGUCUCUUCUACAACGAGAUCAACGCCGCGACUCUCACCGGCGCGAUCGACGUCAUCGUCGUCGAGCAGCCGGACGGCUCCUUCACGUGCUCGCCUUUCCACGUCCGCUUCGGCAAGCUCGGCGUACUCCGUUCCAGAGCGAAAGUGGUUGACAUUGAGAUCAAUGGAGAACCUAGGGAGAUUCAUAUGAAACUUGGAGAUUCCGGCGAGGCGUUCUUCGUAGAAGAGGUCAGCUCAAAUGGAUCUCCAACAGACACUGAAAUUCCGCCGCAUCUGGCCUGCUCGCCUAUCCCCGACAAUUGCUUCCCGCCGCAGAAGUUCAAUCUGCUGUCGGAGCUGCCUCAGGAACAGAGAGAGAAGAUUCUCAUAGACUCGGUGCUCUCCAUAGAGCGGGAGAAAUGGGAGCAGAUGUCCGCCUUGCCGCCCGAUCAGCGGGAGAAGUUUCUGAUUGAGCAGUUCUCAGAUCUGCCCGCGGAACAUCGCGAGAAGUGGCUUCAGAUUGCUUCGUUGACCGUGGAGGAGCGGGACGAGAUGUUCAAGGAAAGCUUCGGCACCAUCUCUCCGGAGCAGAAGCAGCAGAUGAUCAGGGAACAGUAUUCCGCGUUAAAAACGGAGGACAAGGAGAGAUUGUUCAAGGAAAAUUUCCCGGAGCUCUCGGUCGAGCAGCGACAGAACUUCGAGAAGGCUUUACUGAGCGACUGGAAGAAGAAGGAGGAGAAAUGGGAAGAGAAGGACGACAAGAACGAGGACGAGGAGAUAUUUGACAUGGACGCUAUCAGCGACGAGCAGCCGAAGUCGGCGAUCUCCUGCCCGAAAUCCUUCGUGGCUGUUACCUCGUCGGAGAGAAUUCGCAAGAUCAGCGUGGUGAAGAAUGACUUCCGGCCGAUCACGGACGAUCCCCAGAGCAGCUGCAAGGAAAAAUCUAGCGACGAAUCCAACUCGUUCUUGGGCAAGAAGAAUUUAAAGGAGGAGAUCAUCGACGAGGGCAAGAGCAACAAUUCGACCAAGAGGAAGCGCAAGAGGAAGAGUAUUAUGAAGAAGAAGGGUUCGCAGAGGAAGACCAGCAACGGUAGUAGCAGCCAGACUGAACAGAGCGAGAGUGAUGCGAUUUUUACCGAAGAGUCAAUUAGCGAGACGGGCCCCGCUCCGACGACGGAGGAUGACAAGAAGACUGCUGCCGCGGAGUCAAUGACAUCCCCCCAGGACGUAGUUGAGACACGGCCCGAAACCGAUUUUCAUUUCUUCAGCGAUUCAGAAGUUACCAAGAAUAAGGACUCCAGGCCAUGCUCGCCCGUUCAGUCGGACACGGAAUUCGAAGUACGUAAAAUUACGCAGGAGGGCAGCGAGAGGGAGGACGACAAGGGCCAUCAGCAGAGUUGGAGAUGGGGCGAACUGCCGAGUCCGCCUCCUGAGCCGGCGCACAUGUCGCACAGGAAUUCGUUGAAUUCUUUGGCAACAGCGAGUCAGCUGCCAAACACUUUUUUAAUGGCAGAAGAUGCACAACGGUCUAUGCUCAGUGGCAUGUUCUCCUUUAUGAAGAAGACCUCUCGCGUAAGACACAAUCCGGAAUCGGAAGGAAUUUAUCUUAGCGAUCUAAAUGCCGACGAACUGGACCCCGAAGUUGCGGCUUUGUACUUUCCCUCCUCGCAUCGAGGCCCGACGAUGGUUAAAGAUAGAAAAACGACGGAUGAAGAAGACACAGAGUCGGGUAACGGACCGAGCCUACCUCAGAGCCCCAAUAGUGUCGAGGGAGCUAUCGGCGGACCAAAGUCUCUCGAUAGCGAUUUCGAGGAACCAAAGCAUCCUAUUUUCGAUAAUAGCAUAGACAUAAGUUUGUCUCUGUGCGGUGGUUUGGACAGUGAAAAUGGACCGUCCAAGGAGGCGUUCAACGAAAAUUUAUUGCACUUCGAGGACGUCUGCACCGAUCCCAAGUUGUACGAGAAUCCGAAUCUGGUUGUGAAAAUCAACGGGAAGUUCUACAAUUGGGCCACGGCUUGUCCGAUAGUGUUGACCUACGUCGUUUUCCAAAGACACUUGCCGCAGAGCGCGAUCGAAAAUCUCUACAUGUCGUUGCCGGUGCCUGAGGAUAAGAAGCUACAGAGCAGCGGCAAGCCUGAGAGUCGUAGUGGAUAUAGUUCGUGGUUUUCCUGGAGGCGUUCCACGCAACCUCCUAAAAAGCAGGACACCAGUCAAAACGACGAAAUUACUGUACAGAUAUCCGAACAGUCUAUGGAAGCUAAGGCUUUGACAAACGAUGAAUCACCGUCUGAUAACAGGGAAAUAAAGACUGAGCAAAACACAGACUCGUCAAGUUCAACGGAGAUAGAAGCCUGUACAAGAUUGGUAACUGCGUCGGACGAAACUGCUGCACUCACAAAGACUGAGAAAACACGUGAGGGAGAGGGCGAAGGGUACAGCGGCGGUGAGGAUUCUGACAGUAACCACAACGAACCGGCAGGUGUUAAGAUACCCGUGGAAAGAAGACCGUAUUACGAGUCCACGGAAAAGUAUCGUAAGACUCUGCGACUGUCGUCCGAACAGAUAGCGAGUCUCGAUCUGAAGGACGGCGCGAACGAAGUAGUCUUUAGCGUAACCACCGCUUACCAGGGUACGAAGCGCUGCAAAUGCCACAUCUACAAGUGGAAGUGGGACGACAAGAUCGUCAUCUCCGAUAUCGACGGCACCAUUACGAAAUCCGACGUCCUGGGUCACAUCCUACCGAUAGUGGGCAAGGACUGGGCUCAAUCUGGGGUCGCUCAAUUAUUUACGAAGAUCAAGAACAACGGUUACAAGCUGCUGUACCUCUCGGCGAGAGCGAUCGGCCAGGCUGGUGGGACUCGGGAAUACCUGAGGAACUUGAGGCAAGGGGAUCUAACGCUGCCGGAAGGCCCGUUACUUUUGAAUCCUACGAGCUUGAUUUUGGCGUUUCAUCGCGAGGUGAUAGAGAAGAAGCCGGAGGAAUUCAAGAUUUCCUGCCUGAAGGAUAUUCAAGCGUUGUUCCCCGAUGGAUCCGCGCCGUUUUAUGCUGGAUAUGGAAAUCGCAUAAACGACGUGUGGGCGUAUCGAGCAGUCGGCAUUCCUAUAAUGCGGAUCUUUACCAUAAAUCAUCGAGGAGAAUUGAAGCACGAAUUGACACAAACAUUCCAAUCUUCGUAUUCGAACAUGAGCUUUAUCGUCGAUCAAGUAUUUCCGGCAUGGCGAGAAGACGCGGCCGACGAGUUCAGUCAUUUCGCGUACUGGCGAGAUCCGAUACCCGACGUACCGAAGCUCGAGGAGCUCUACACUCAAGCUUAAACUACCUAAGGAAACUUUCUUUGUUCUACAACCGUCACUUGCUUGGACUACGAACGACGAUUUAUGAUAUUUAACUAACUUUUAUACUCCGUGCGUUGAUCGUAGUGACUUUGACAGGUGUGAUUGUCUAAUGUAACACGUUAGGAAAGUGAGCGUUUCUCGCUUUCGUCACACAUUGAAUUUGUUGCUUAGAUUUUAAGUAAUUAUUUGUAAAAAGUUCCAGGAGAAAGAGAGAGAGAGAGAGAGAGAGAGAG